AUCUUGAACAUCGAAGUGGUGAAAAGAUUUUAAAAUAUUUGAAGUCAAUCGUUGUAAAAAAAAGUGAAGUAAAAAGAAGAAUUUUGAAGAAAAAGUAUAUUUUUUAUUGAACAUAAUAUUUUUGUACGCUAUUGAUAAUCUAGAAAUCGGAAGUCUGCAACUCAAACCAAACAAUAAGGCAAAAUGGCUUCUGGCGGCUUAACUUGUGUGAAGUUUAUUACAUUUUUUUGUAAUCUACUUUUCGCUUUGAGCGGGCUGCUCAUUCUUAUUGUGGGUGCCAUGGUGCAAUUGAACUAUGCGCAUUACUCGAAUUUCGUCAGCAACCACAUUUGGACCGUGCCCAUUAUUUUGAUUAUCGUCGGCGCAACCAUAGCAUUCAUCUGUUUCCUCGGCUGCUGUGGCGCCUUGAAGGAGAAUAGUUGCAUGAUAUUGUCAUUUGCUAUUUUGGCGGUUAUUAUUUUCUUGUUCGAAAUCGGUUUAGGCAUAGCUGGCUAUGUUAAGCAUGCUUCGCUGAGUGACAUAAUGGAAGAGCAGUUCAAUUCAACCAUGAAGGAAUACAACGAACGCAAGGAAAACCGUGAUGCAUGGUCGCUUUUGCAAAGUGAGAUGGAUUGCUGCGGCACCUUUGGUCCGAAAGAUUGGGUGCCGAUAUUUCACAACAGCUCCUUGCCACCUGCAUGCUGCGCUGUCAUCAAUUUGAACGAAGCUCAAGACUGUACGGUUGUGCACGCCCAUUCGGAAGGCUGUCUAAAUAAACUACUCACACUACUCGACUCCAAAACAUUAACUUUAGCCGGCGUAGUACUCGGUGUAGCGGGUAUACAGCUACUGACUAUACUCUUCGCCUUCUGUCUGUUUCGUUCGUUCCGACGCAGCUACCAAACGGUUUAAAAGGCAUCUUGAAAUGCCUUGCAAUAUACAACUAAUAUGGGUUAACUGUUAGAAGCUCUCAAUAUACGACGAAUUUAAAUCCUGAGAUGCGUUUUAAGAAUUUAUUUCAAUUGGCUAUCAAAGCAGUUUAAUGCGAACAAAAUAAUAACUAGAAAUCGUGCUGAUAAUGAAGUUAAUGUAUUGAAGUCAACCACGAGCACACAAAUCACAUUUAUUAUUAUUAUAUACGUACAUAUGUAAUAGCUGCACUGUUAAGCAGAAGUCGAGCUCUUAAUAUCACUUAUUCAUAUCGAUGUUAUAUGUUAAUUAAAAAGUUGUGAAGCUUAAGCUCAACUUUGUAAAUGACAAAGAGCAAUUAAGAACAAUAUUAUAUGAAUUUACACUUGUAUGCACUUUUUAUAAACCUAUUGUAUAUCCAAAUAUAUGUAUGUAGACUGGCAA